AUGGUCUCAAUUACUACAAUUCUAGAUAGCAACUCUAACAUCACUCAUCGCCAUGGUCCAGGCCUGGUUGCUGUCUUCGUUGGUGGGACGAGUGGAAUAGGAGAAUCAACCGCGCGCGCGUUUAUACGGAACACCGAUGCCUCUCGUGCUUACCUUAUCGGACGAGACCAGGAAAGGGCAAUGAGGAUCAUCGAGGAAUUGAAGCAAAAGAAGCCGGAUUCGGAGGUCACCUUUAUUAAAUCAAACGUGUCUCUUUUGCGCGAGGUCGACAAGGCAUGCGCUAUCAUCCGGGAGAAAGAGAAUAGGGUGAACAUCUUAUUCCUCAGCCCAGGCACGGGAUCGAUGAAUGGUCGUACAGAAACCGACGAAGGCCUUGACGAAAAGCUCAAUCUUCACUACUAUUCCCGGAUGCGUUUUGUGAAGAAUCUCCUCCCACAGCUUCUGCAUGGCGAUCAAGAGAGCCGCAGCAAAGACGAUAAACAGUCAUUAUCACGCGUUGUCUCAGUUCUUGAAGCAGGAGGUGAAGCCGCUCUCCAACUCAAUGAUCUGUCCCUCAAAACCCACUGGUCCCUCCGCAACUGCGCAAAACAUUCCAUCACGAUGAACUCGGUUGCAAUGGAGCACCUAGCGUCAGUGUACCCACAGAUCUCAUUCGUUCACAGCUUCCCAGGCGUUGUCCGAACACGACUUGACCGCGAUCUAAGCACUACCGCAAAGUAUGCUAUUAGCGCCCUAAUGGUUCUCGCCAAACCGUGGGAGAUCCCAUUUGAAGAAAGUGGGGAGAGGCACCUGUAUGCCGCGACGAGUCCACGCUUUCCAUCACGCGCCUACAGGGAUAGUUCUGCCGAUGCUGCCGAGGGAUCUGAUGGUCGCAGUGGUAGUGGCUUCUACCGACUGAAUGCUCAGGGAUCUCCAUACAAGCCUAGCAAGAUAAUGGAGACUUAUCGUGCAGGAGGAACGAGAAGUUUGAUCUGGGAUCAUACCCUUAGUGUCUUUGCCCAGGUUCGUGAUGAACAGAAGCAGGAUCCUUGA